AUGAGUGCCCUACUAUCCGAGGCAGACCUAAACGAUUUUAUCAGUCCCGCUCUUGCGUGCGUCAAACCUACUCAAGUGAGUGGGGGCAAGAAGGAUAACACUAAUUUAAACGGAGAAUACGAAGUGAGUACGGAACCAGACCAACUAGAGAAGGUCUCUAUCACGCUAUCGGACUGCCUCGCAUGUUCCGGCUGUAUAACAUCAAGUGAAGAAAUCCUGCUGAGCAGCCAAAGCCACUCGGUUUUCCUGAAAAACUGGGGGGAGCUUUCACAGCAGGAAGACAAGUUUCUCGUUGUGAGCGUUUCGCCGCAGUGCAGACUUUCUCUUGCGCAGUACUUCGACUUAACGUUGGAGGCCGCCGAUUUAUGUUUGAUGAAUUUUUUUCAAAAGCAAUUUCAGUGCAAGUAUAUGGUUGGCACGGAGAUGGGCAGAAUCAUAUCGAUCAGCAAAACCGUAGAGAAGAUCAUUGCGCAUAAGAAGCAAAAACAGAAUACUGAUGUAGAUCGUAAGCCUCUGUUGUCUGCUGUGUGUCCAGGAUUUCUCAUAUACACAGAAAAGACCAAACCGCAAUUGGCACCUAUGCUGCUCAAUGUCAAGUCGCCUCAGCAAAUAACGGGCUCGCUGAUCAAAGCCACGUUCGAGGAUCUUGCUAUCGCGCGUGAUUCAUUUUACCACCUGUCGCUGAUGCCUUGUUUUGACAAAAAACUGGAAGCAUCCAGGCCAGAAUCGCUUGGCGAUGGCAUUGACUGUGUCAUCACGCCGCGGGAAGUAGUGACGAUGUUACAAGAAUUGAAUCUAGACUUCAAGUCGUUUCUUACUGAAGAUACAAGUUUAUAUGGGCGGCUAUCGCCGCCUGGAUGGGACCCACGAGUCCAUUGGGCGUCAAAUCUGGGAGGCACCUGUGGUGGGUAUGCCUACCAGUACGUAACAGCUAUCCAACGAUUACACCCACAAAGUCGGAUGAUAGUCCUGGAGGGCAGAAACAGCGACAUUGUCGAGUACCGAUUACUACACGAUGGUGCCAUAAUAGCCGCCGCCAGUGAGCUCUCCGGUUUUAGAAACAUCCAAAACCUGGUGCGUAAACUGGCCUCGGGCGCCGGGCCCGAGCGCAAGAGGAACAUCACCGUUCUGCGGAAGAGACGAACAGGUCCAAGUGCAAACUCACGCGAGAUGGCGGCCGCGACGGCUGAUCCGUACCACUCGGACUACAUUGAGGUGAACGCGUGUCCGGGUGCGUGCAUGAAUGGCGGUGGCCUACUCAAUGGUGAGCAAAACAGUCUCAAGCGGAAACAAUUGGUUCAGACACUGAAUAAGCGUCAUGGACAGGAGCUUGCAAUGGUAGAUCCUCUAGCCCUGGGGCCCAAGCUAGAGGAAGCGGCAGCUCGCCCGCUUUCACUAGAGUACGUCUUCGCGCCCGUCAAGCAAGCCGCCGAAAAAGAUCUCGUCUCUGUUGGCAGCACCUGGUAA